GUGAGGUCGAUUGUGACUUGGAAGCAGUGGUCUCGUUUUGAUUAGAUAACACUUGUUGUGCGCCGAAGCCGAGCGCCAAGUGAAGGGUUGCUUGCGUUCCCAGGACCGUGUUCGCUGGCGACCGUGGCCCGCACAGCCCCACCUAUCCCUCCGCGGCCGCACCGCGGUGAAUCAGUUGUUCCAUCAGGUGAUUCAGGUCUCAACCGGCUAAGCCUCCGCUGCUGGAGCACGUGAUCAGAGCAGCCCACACCCACACUUUCACGCCGUCAGCUCGCAAAUUCGGCGCUGCGCCGACCGGCAGACCUUCGGCAGUCAUGGACCCUGAGGAGAAAUCCGGCCUGCGCCACCUGACAGAGGAUGAGGUCGAAAUUUUGCCUGAUUUCCCACCUGGCCCUUUGGACCACUACCGAAAACAGGCCACCUUUGACUGGAAAAAGCUAAGAAUUUUCGUCGAAGGCGAAGAUUUACUCAAAUUCAAAAUGUCAAUUUGGAAGACAAUGGAGGCUGACCCUUUGUUCGAGCAGAAAAGCUACUCUCUCAGCAUGGACGAGUUUCGGCGGGUCACCACCAACCGGGUGCACCGAAUUAAGGACUACAACUUCCUGACAGAAGAGGUCAUCAUGGGGGACCCCAGAAAAUACAUCGUCCUGCUAGUGGCGCUAAAUCACUACGACCCUUGUUUGAUGAUUAAGUACGUCGUGCCAUUCCAGUUUUUCCUCAGUUCUCUCAAAGGUCUGGGCACUCAAAAGCACAACAAGUUCAUCAAAAUGGCUGAAAAUCGACAGCUGAAUGGUUGCUUUGGCAUGACAGAAGUCUCUCACGGCACAAACACAAAAAAACUUCGCACAACAGCGACAUAUGAUCCAGCAACCAAGGAGUUUGUGCUGCACACCCCAGAUUUUGAGGCUGCCAAGUGCUGGGUGGGCAGCUUGGGUCAGUAUUCAACGCACGCCACCAUCUUUGCCCAGCUGGUGACGCCAGAUGGAGAACAGAAGGGUCUGCACGCGUUCCUCACUCCAAUCAGGGAUCCGAGAACAAUGCUGCCCUACCCUGGCGUCAUCGUCGGCGACAUGGGCGAGAAGGUCGGCCUCAACGCCAUGGACAAUGGAUUUGUGCUGUUUGACAAAUACCGCAUUCCUAAAGACAAUUUGCUGGAUCGAACUGGAACCAUGACUGAUGACGGCAAUUACGUCACGCCAUUCAAAGAUCCAAAUAAAAGAUUUGGUGCUUCUUUGGGCAGUUUGGUCGCCGGUCGCGUGGCGAUUGUAAAUUUCUGCAAUAGUAACCUGCAGAAGGCCAUUGUCUCCGCAGUCAGAUACUCAGCUGCAAGGAAGCAAUUUGGACCGACAAACGAGGCUGAGCUGCCAGUCAUUGAAUAUCAGUUGCAGCAAUGGCGCUUGUUUCCCUACUUGUGUGCUUCAUUUGUGCUCUCUUCCUUUGGAGACCUGGUGAUAAGAGAAUAUAUGGAUUUUACCCUUCGUCUCAUGAUGGGUGAAGACCGGGCUAAUUUGGCCGAUGUGAUGAUGGAAAUUCAUGCAUUGUUGUCGUCAGCGAAACCGCUCUGCAGCUGGCACGCACAGCAUGGCAUUCAAGAGUGUCGAGAGUGUUGUGGCGGACACGGCUAUUUACGAGCUGCUGGAUUUGGGCAGCUGAGGAACGACAACGACGCAAAUUGCACCUACGAAGGCGACAACAACGUGCUGCUGCAGCAAACUAGCAACUGGCUGUUGCAGUUGUGGGCUGAGAAGAAGCGCAAUGGCAAAAAUAGAAUCCAAUUCAGCUCGCCGCUUGGGUCUGUGCACUUCCUGCAAGACAUCGACCGUGCCGAGCAACUCAGUUUUUCUGCUAAGUCCGUACAGGAUUUGCUCCACCCUGAGCCGAUACUCGAGAUGUACCAAUGGUUGAUGUGUCAUCUGCUGGGCAAAACUGAGGCCCUGCUCCAGUCGCACUUGGCCGCUGGCAGCCAUCCGUUCACAGCGCGCAACGAAUCGCAGGUGUUCCACGCCCGCACCCUCUCGCUGGCCUACAUCGAGCAUUACUGUCUGCUACUCUUUUGGCGCGAGGUGAAAGAAAAGUCAGCCGAGCCAUCGCUGAUAGCUGUCCUAGAAAAAGUUGCCACUCUCUUUGGACUCUGGAGUAUAGAGAAACACCUGGCCACCCUUUACGAAGGUGGUUAUGCAAAUGGUCCUGAGGCUGCACAGUUCGUUCGAGAGGGAAUUUUGCUGUUGUGCAGAGACCUGAAAAAAGAAGCAGUUGCUUUGGCUGACGCACUGGCCCCUCCUGACUUCAUCCUCAAUUCUGCCAUUGGCCAUUCAGACGGAGAGAUUUACAAGAAUCUGCAAGCCACCUUCUACCAAAACCUUGGUGUCUUUGAACGGCCCAGCUGGUGGCAAGAAAUGGUUCCAAAAGUGGUGCGCUCCAAAUUGUAAACAUUCCUUCUCACCGCUUAAGGUGCCUUCCCCAAAUUAAACCUCAAUUACGAGGAAUUUCCGCUGUCCUUCCGAAACCUAACUAUUUUUUGCAUCAAAUUGGUACAUUGUGAUGUAAAUAUGAAUUACCAAUCAAAAUUUUUCUGCCUGGCAUUGUUUUCUAGUUAUGGGCUGAAAAUAUUUUCAUUUAAAAUUUAAAUUAAUCAAAAAAUAUAUAAUAUAUUGUAAAUUAAUUUAAUCAAAUUGAAUUAAAUUUAAAAUUUACACUAAAUACGUUAAGCAUCAUAAAAGCUAAUAAAAUUGGCUACAUUAUUUUAAAUUUUAGAUUUUUAAUAUUUCAAUUAUUUUAUUAAUCAAUCAUGAAAUUAUAUAAAUUUGUUAUUUGUUCAUCUGUUUUGAGAUGGGCUACCCCCUGAUAGUGAAGAACUUGCAAAAACUCCGUGUCCCAAUAAUAUCGUGAUUGAAUAACAUUAUUUAAUAAGGCUACUCUGUGGCCACUUGGGCCCCACGAUAGUAGAGUCUGCAUACUAAACAAUGAUUGGAAAAUUGCCCAAUAAAAAAAAUAAUUUGGAGAUCACCUUAAUUUAAUUCGUUGGUAAUUUUCUAAUUUCAUAUUUUUUGGGCCAGACAAGGAGUUUGUCUUAACGGCCUGCGCCUUUAUUGCUAGUGCUGAAAGCACUAACCAAAUAAAUUAUGCAAGAAAUAUUUUUAUUUUGGAAGGUAUGCGGGAUUCCUUGUUAAUACUGUUGCUGUACUUACCCUGUGCGUAUUUUAAAUACUUUACCUCAUCGACAAUUUUUGCAUUUAAAAGAGAAUCUUCAAUGGGACCAUGCCUCAAAAUCGAUAUUAUUUGAUAGUGGAAUAUUCUAGUGAAAUUAGACUUUAGCAUAGUCAUUUUACAGUAACAAAAUUAGCCCAGCGUAUUUUAUUUGCUGAGCGACUGUUGCUUUUUGUCAUGUUUAUUUGAUGAGAUCACUCGGAUUAUUUUCUCUGCUUGAUAUCUAUUUUUUACACAUGUCAUACGAGAGUUGCUAUUACAACAAAUACAUUCUUUUUAAUUCA